AAAAAUGUCUCGAAAAUUCAUAAUAAUGACCAUGAUCAUCAUGAUGAUGAUUAAUGUAGUUGUUAAUGAUAAAAAGUUAUAUAAUUUUAAUAAUUUUCCUUGGCAAAUAUCAUUACAAUAUUAUGAUCGAUUAACAAAACAAUUAUAUCAUAUUUGUGAUGGUGCUAUUGUUAGCCAUAUUAAUGUUAUUGUACCGGCAUAUUGUGUUGAUUUAACAUUAUCAAAAAAUAGAUCAAAAAUCAAUAUAGAUGAUUUUAAAAUAAAAGUAAUUGGCUUUUACAAUCAAUCCGAUGUUAUUGAUCCAAUAUAUUCAAUAUCGGAAAUUAAUUUAAAUCCACGUUGGAAUCCGGAAACAUUCUGUUAUAAUGCUGCAACUAUUUCAAUUAAAAAUGAAGAAUUUAAUUUUAAUUGUCCGGAUAAUAACAAUCGAAGACCAUUGGUUCAAAUGAUUUAUACUAAUUUAACUGAUAAAAUUUCUAUUGAAUCCUUAUAUAAUCAUCAUGCAGAAUUAGCAACAUGGAAUUGGCAGAAUUACCAAUAUGAAGUACGUAAUGUUCGUAUUCUUUCCAAUGAUGAUUGUCAACAAUCUUUAAAAUCGAAUGAAUAUCGAUCGUUUGACAAUGAAACUGAAAUAUGCACCUAUUCAUGGUUGGAUUCAUGUUAUUUUAGCAAUGGAGCACUUUUACAAUAUUUUCAUGAUGAUGGUAAAGCAUAUUUGUUAGGAAUUGCAUCAUGGAUAACAACUGAUUUGUCAAAUAAUAUCAUAAUUUUCACUAAAGUCACCUAAAUUUUUUUCUUCCCUGGAUUGACUUGUCGACUAUCGAUUAUUAUAUUGACUAUGGAAAUGUGAAUGGAAUUUCCUUCUUUUAUCUUGAAUGAUUUUUUUUGGUUGAUUA